UUCUUAGUUUUGAAGAUUCAUCAUUAAGCGAUCAUUGAGAUACGGUUUGCAAUGGAUUACGAUAAAUUAAAUCAUACGGCUUUUAAGGGUAAUGUAUUAGUGGAAAAAAGCUUAGACUUAAAGCUACGCGAAAAGAAGGCCAAUUACUAUCUAAAGUGGGGUGUAAUUAAUUUGCUGUUGUUGCUCGUUCUCAUGUCUGUCUAUAGUCAGUCUUCUUGCGUUCAGUCAAAUUUUUUAAAACUAGAGUAUGGUGCUAUAAUUAUAAUAGGUCUUAACACCAUAGCCUGCUUUACUAAAUACUUAUUCUAUAUGUUUAAACGAGAAUUCCUCCACGGAACGGUGCAGCAGAAAAAUUUACUAAAAUUUGAUGAAAAUGAUAGUUCUUUUGUUAUUUUUGAUCCCAUCAAAAAGAAAGAAGUGCAGGCUGAAGAUACGUUGCAAAACACCGACAUAAAUACCAGUUGGCAUUCAUCAUUCAUUGGAAAUCGUUCUCUUGAUUCAACUAAUUGGAAUUACACCCGUACACCAUUGCGCAAGAGUUUAAGUCCCCAACAGCAGCAAAAACAGCAUUUCUCACGAGUGAAUCAGAUUAAUGAUGAAGGGAGUUUGCAACAAUAUUUGAACGAUGUAUUGCGAAAAGAGAACAGCGUACCGGAAACUCAUGAUGUUAGCCACAAUUUUAAUUCUAAUUCUAUUAACUCAUUUUGGAACUAUUGCAACUUAGCAGCUAAUGUCUUAAAAACAUCAAUAUAUCAAUUGGCACCAGCAACAUCUUCAGCAAAUCAAAAUAAGCAAGUAUCUAAAGAAGAUAUCGGUCUCAAUAUUGUAGACAAAAAUUCCGAAAUUAUUAAACGUAUAUCGUCGGAAAAAUUAUCACGUUACGUUGGUAAUUUAAGGACGUGGAUAUCAGCAACGAUUUUACAACGCUUGGCUAAUGAAAUCCAAAAAGUAGACGAGUCUUUUAAACAUCGAGGUCUACUUGAUAUGCAAAUCGGUAGCAUAGGUUUGGAAAGAUUGAAAAAGACCGUAGAAAAUAAGCAGUUUGUUACCUUGCAUAUGCCAAUGUUACCGUUGAUCGUACCGUUUUUAGAAAUGUCCAGCAAUCAAGAGUAUUUAGUGCAACGAAUAAAGGAUUUAGCUAAAGGUUCAUGUAUAACAGAUUAUCGUUGGGAUUCUGGCUCGGAAUAUCAUGGUCUUAAAUGGGACGAGCACUUACCAACGGAUGCUGCCAUAAUAUUUCAUUUAUUUUGUGUUUACUUGGAUACGCAGUUAAUGCCAUUACCUCAAAAUGAAGGACGUCCAUUCUACAGUCGUUAUGUGGUUGUAGGAGAAGAGAAGCGUUCUGGCAAAGACACUGUAGCUUUGGUGCAAAAUAGAUCACGUUGUGCUAUACUUUGCACUAAUCCACUUAAACCUAAAUUCAAUUUUAUUAGUGAAGGCGAAAUUCACGCUUGUGCGUAUGACCGCAAUAAUUUGUUUUAUGUUAUCAUACAAUUCUUGGUUUACAUGCGUUCGCAUCAGGAGAGCUGCUUGGAGGGUGUUAAUCUCGGUGCAAGUGGAAUUAAUCUUAUGUGCGCCAUUGACGACUAGAAUCAUCACAGUACAUAUUGCUAUUUUUAAGAAUUUAAAAAC